AUGUCAAACGCAACGUUUGUUACCACUGCAGCCCCACUUGCCGAUUCUGUUACACCCGUUGCACCCAGCGAAGUUACCCCAAUUUCAAACGUGAGACAUAAAACGUGGGCUCACCUUUUGGAGUACCCCACCGUCUUGGAGGUCCACAAAUCCAUGGAGAGCUCGCGAUGGGUCAGACCCUGGAAGGUUCCCCUCAUGGACUCCUUUGAGACCGUGAGCAACAUCCAGCCUUUCAAAUUUGCAUACGAAACCGGAGAUCGUUGGACUGAAAGCGGAUUGGAGGUUUUAGAUGGUUAUUUUCCUUCGCUCAAGACCGUUGAAUGCCAGGACAUAUCUAAUCUGGUAACACAGCCAGCUAGAAGCUUGCAUUUUAUUGCUGUCAAGGGCGUGGUUGAGCCAACGGCAAAGUCUAUCAAUGAUACUCGGAUCUUUGUCCAUCAUGCUGUGUUGGACAGCAGGGCCACGCAGAUGGCCAAGAAAGUUGCCAACCCUGUUGCUGGCACCUUGAAUCUGAUUUUGGACUCAACUUGUCGAGUGGUACUUCCAAGCGUUGACUUGGAGGCAGGCGGAGAUUUAAGCGAGUUGAGGAAGACAAAAGUCAAGAUCGGCAAUCUUGUGACCUUGAAGAGAAAGCCCACAGAGACAGCUCACAGUGCCUCUACGGUGGCUCCAGUAGGUUCUGCGGCCAAUUAG